UUACUAUGGGCGUGGAAGCUGUAAAAAGGGGACCUCGCAGCAGUAGACAGUAGUUGCAUUUACCGGGCUGAUUUAUUUUGUGAUGGGAAACACUGACGACCUAUUAACGUUUCAAGUUAAAUACUGAGGAUAUUUACCCGGACACUAUGGACAUCACCAUUACAACUCUUGAAGAUUCAUCGCCUCUGAAAGUCGUAUGACAGACACUCGCGCAGGUAAGCUGCAGAAAGCUCAACGGCACGCGUAUUUCCCACAUCGGAUGAGUCGAGGCCGGGAAGCAAGAUUGAUGUGCACACUGACGUCGUUCCGUUGAUACCCCCAUGCUGAAGAAUUGUCACCGGGUGGGUGUGUGCUGCAGAUAUUCGGCCCCCACUCCAUCUUCACUUUGGGAAUAGCCAUGGCAAUCAUCUGGAAACGUCAGUGACUCAACAAUUAAAUCGCCAUGGAAUCGGGUGCUGAGCCCAUUGGAUUUAAAUACCCAUCUCUUCCCAAUUCACAAUGUGAACUCAACAUAAAUAUGUAUGAGUCUAUCAGAGACGGAAACGUCACUAAUAUGGACACUUCGACGGUCGUGAGAGGUGGGAGUGACCCAAGUGCAUAUCCUCCAUCGAAUUAUCAGCGGAUCGUGCGCCAAAGAUUCAUCAGGAGAAGUUUGUGGUUCUCAGACUCUGAUGAGCAGGCCUUUGAGGUGCCAGAAUGUGACAACCGGAGUAAAAUCCUCAAUGUAAGCCUGCGCACGUUAGUUGACAGGACACGGGGGGCUCGGUUGGGGCCACAGGAGAGCUCCAGUCCUGAGAGUCAAGGGGGGAAGAAAGACAGCGCCACAGAGAGCGCCAGCGCUGAUGAGAAGGAGAAGACUGUGGAUAAAUUGAAUGUUACAUCCACCGACGGCAGUAAAAACACGGUCAGAACUGCUAGCGAGGAGGAAGAGGCGGAGAUGAAAGCUGUUUCCACGUCCCCUGGGGGACGGUUUCUCAAGUUCGAUAUCGAGCUCGGGAGAGGGUCCUUCAAGACUGUCUAUAAAGGUCUGGAUACUGACACCUGGGUGGAAGUUGCCUGGUGUGAACUUCAGGACCGUAAGCUGACCAAAGUGGAGCGUCAGCGGUUUAAGGAGGAGGCCGAGAUGCUGAAGGGGCUGCAGCACCCCAACAUCGUCCGCUUCUAUGACUUUUGGGAGUCACCCCUCAAAGGGAAGAAGUGCAUUGUCCUGGUGACGGAGCUCAUGACCUCCGGAACACUCAAAACGUAUCUGAAGCGCUUCAAGGUGAUGAAACCCAAGGUCUUAAGGAGUUGGUGUAGACAGAUCCUAAAGGGCCUCCACUUCCUCCACACCCGAGACCCUCCUAUCAUCCACAGGGACCUGAAGUGUGACAACAUCUUCAUCACGGGCCCCACCGGCUCUGUAAAGAUAGGAGACCUGGGCCUGGCCACGCUCAAGAGGGCCUCCUUCGCCAAGAGUGUCAUUGGCACCCCAGAGUUCAUGGCCCCAGAGAUGUAUGAGGAGCACUAUGACGAGGCAGUGGACGUCUAUGCCUUUGGGAUGUGUAUGCUGGAGAUGGCCACCUCAGAGUACCCCUACUCGGAGUGCCAGAACGCUGCACAGAUCUAUCGCAAAGUUACCAGCGGAGUGAAGCCUGCCAGCUUCAACAAGGUUGUGGAUCCUGAAAUCAAGGAGAUUAUUGGCGAGUGCAUCUGCCAAAAGAAAGAGGAGCGGUACUCUAUAAAGGACCUGCUGAACCAUGCCUUCUUUGCGGAGGACACAGGGGUGCGGGUGGAGCUGGCAGAGGAUGAUGAUGGGAAGAAGGAAGCUAUCGCCCUGAAACUGUGGGUGGAAGACCCCAAGAAGCUGAAGGGGAAGUACAAGGAGAGUGGCGCAAUUGAGUUCACCUUUGAACUGGAGAAAGAGACACCAGAGGGCGUAGCCCAAGAGAUGGUGGAAUCUGGGUUCUUCCAUGAGAGUGAUGCUAAGAUUGUGGGGAAGUCUAUCCGAGACCGUGUAGCGCUGAUCAAAUGGAGGAGAGAGAGGUCCGUAUUGGCAGGACCCCCAGUGGACAUAGGAGAGGCAGGACUCUGGGCCCAGUCAGCCCCGGCCCAGGGGGCCUCUGCUGGGGCUACACAGGCAGUACAGCCCCCUCUGCUGGAGCCAGAGGCAGACCAGCACGCCAGGCUGUGUAACCUUCCAGCCAGCGCCACCUCUGUCACAUCAAACAGUACGUUUGACAGCGGCCUGGGCUCCGCUGUGUACUCUGAUUCCCACAGCAGCCAACACAAUGUCCUCUACCAGUCCCUAGUGGAGCCCAUCACCAAGGCAACGCAGCAGCGUCACCGCAGUGGUCUGUAUUUGGCUUCAGCACGCCCCCGCUCCUGUGAAAAGGGCGAGGGGUGGAAAGGAGCCUUCGGGCCAGAGCUCCAAGUGGGGGUAGGAGCAGGGGCAAGGAGAGGGAGUGCCUCUGUCAUUGACACUCUAAGGGGCAACAACGUCACUCUUCAUGUGCUCCUGCAACCUCUGACCUCUGGGCCCUGCAGCCCACAGAGAGCUGCCAGUCCUGCCCCCACAUCACCAGACAACCAAACAGAGUGCAGCCCAUCUGAGUUCUGCUCCGAGGCAGAGGACGGCACCCCUUUUCCAAGUGCGUUGCCUGCCCCCCUCCUCCUGGCCCUCCCUGACCCCACACACUCUGAGGCCCGGCGUCUUAGUGACUCUUCUGUUGAAUCCCAGACAUUGGAAGCCACCAAUGCGAGCAGGGUUAAAUCUGUGUCAAGUGGGCGGAGGCAUUCAGACUUCAGCACCCUGCUGAGUCGAAACUCUGCCCAUCAUCAUCAUCACCACCACCACCAAAGCACACCCAGAAAGCACCUCUGCCAGGCCUGCUUCUCUCUGCUGCUGCAGAAGUCACAAGAAGGGGGGCACAAGCAGCAGCACAUCGCCUUUCCCUUCCCACCACACCCCUGUGGGGUAGCGACAACUGCAGGAUCAGGAGGGGUGAAAGGUCAAAGUCAAAUAGGAAGUGACUGCUCUGACCUCUUCUUACUACAACAGAACCUGAUGAACAUCAUCAGCCGUAAAACCACCCUAUCCAACAAGGGCCAAGCCUCCCUCCUCCACCAGCCUGCAGCCCAGCAGCCUGCCAAGAACUAUGGGGAUGGGAGUCUGAACUUACCCCAGAGAGGCAGCUUCAGUGGUGGCCACACUACACCUCCUCUGGCCAGGCCCACACAGGACCGCAGGGCCAGCUACUGCGCUGGGGAGCACAGAGCCACCGGGCCCCUGGGAGUGUCCAGUGCUGUGCACACCUUGCUCCAGAACCAUGCGUCUCUCCAGAGCCAGCCUACCCCGGCCCCGCACACCCACCUGCAAUACCUCCAGCCUGGCCACAGCUACCCCAUCGCUCCCCAGGUCAUUCAACAGACACCCACCACAGCCAGCUUCUCAGCUAUAGCUUUACAACACACCCCAGCCUCAGCAAGUUACUCUGCAUCAAACAUUCCCCUUCAACAGAAUCAUACCGGACAGAGCUACCCAGCUCCACCUCAGCAACAGACAGCAACAAGUUAUACACCUGCAAAUGUACCACUUCAACAGCCUGCAGCAAGCUUUUCAGUGACAAUCAUGCCCCCGCAGCAGCCACACACCGCAGCAAGCUACACAGUAGCAACAAUGCCAAUCCAGCGGAAACCAACUCCACAGAGUUAUGUUGCUCCAGCUCUGCAACAGCUGGCUCCAGCUCUGCAACAGAUGACUCAAACUGCAGCGAGCUACGCAGCUCCAACUCUGCAACAAAACCCAACACCAGCAAGCUUCUCAGAAGCAGCAGCCUUGUCUGUCCAACAGACUGUAUUGGCCGCUACCAUAGCAGCAGCAACAAAACCCUCACAACCAGCUGCACAGAACUACUCUACUCCAGUGGGGCAUCUCCAACAGACUGCACCCACACAGAGUUAUGCAUCUGUAGCCUCAACUGUGGUCCACACAGUACCUAUACCCAGUCUCCCUACUUGGACCCCCAGUGUAGCAACACAACCUCUAGCUUCUGUUGUGCCUUGCCCAGCCCCACACAGCCUCUCAGACAAAGCCAUGCCUCCCAUUCUGCAGCCUGGCCAGUCUAGUCCCAUGCUUCACAGACAACAGACAGUGCAGGUCCCCCUACCCCAACACAGCCAGCCAAUGGUCAAGCCUACUGUCCAACAGGCUCCAGUUGUCCAGUGCUACCAGUCACCUGCCCAUACUGAGCAGCAAGGUUCAACCCUCCAGAGUUACCCCAGUUCUGUACCCCUUAUGGGGCAACAGAACUCGGCUUCACAGAGCUACCCACCCUCAGACCCAUACACACAACAGGCUGCUUCACAGAGCUACCCACCCACAGCCACACAGGCUGCAAUGGUGCAAGGCUACACAUCACUCCAACCCAGUGUGAUGGGUCAGGCCUAUCCAUCUGCUCAGGCUCCACAGCAGGCCUCAGACCCACAGACCUACCCAGUGGCCCCCAUAGUGCAACAACAGACUGGGACUACUGCACAGCACAGCCAGAUCCAGGUGGCCCCACUACCCCCAGGCCAGCAGUACCAACUCGAUCUCCACAACCCAGCUUUCCCGAACCAGAAUGUCCCUGGGGGUCAAAGCCUUCCCCAUCACCACCAAUCAUUAUCUAGUCUGCCUGCCCAGGCACUGCCUCCUCAGAAGCCAUUGGCUCAGGCCUCUGACCCUCUGCAGUUGCAGCCACUACAGAUGUCCACUUCUCUUCCACCAACACACCUUUCACAGGUCAAGCAGCAGACCCAGCUUCCAGAUCCAGUCCACCCCUCCCAGCCUACCCAUCCUGCAGUUUUCUCCUCUCCCAUACAUAGUGGACCGGACAGGGGCACAGUUGCUGCCGCAGCCCAGCUUGACCAGAACCUCAGCCAAAACCUGUCUCAGCGUCAGGCACUAGGCCAGAACCAGAGCCAACCCCAGGCUCCAGCGUCACAGCCGCCAGGCUCCCAGACAGCAGGACCUGGGCUUGCCAGCACCAGCUUGACACAGCAGAACCAGGCCAGUGCCAGCACAGGGACCACGGUCACCUCGGCACAGCCUCUAACAGAGUCCAAUCUGGAGGAUCCUGGUGCAGAUAAGCAGGCGUCAGGGGCCAGCUACUCCUACGACAGUGUGAACUCCGAUGCCACCUCAGGGAAGGAGAUGAGCGAUGGUAAUGAGGGGGGACACGGGUCAGGGAAGGGCGAGGGCAAGGUCCGGAAACCCCACCGCCGCUCCACACGCACCCGCUCACGCCAAGAGAAGAUCAACAAGCCCAAACUCAGCAUGCUCAAUGUGUGUAAUACAGGGGAUAAGAUGGUUGAGUGUCACUUGGAGACCCACAACCACAAGAUGGUCACCUUCAAGUUUGACCUGGACGGAGACGCACCUGAGGAGAUCGCCACUUACAUGGUGGAGAAUGACUUCAUCCUGCUCCUGGAGAAGGAGAUGUUUAUAGAGCAGCUGAAGGACAUUGUGGACAAGGCUGAGGAUCUGCUGAGUGAAGACACGGAGGGCGAGAGGAGCUCUGACCACAUGGGCAGUCCUCAACAGAGCCACGGAACAGUCAUACUGGGGGGAGAGGGUUCAAAGACUGCUACACCUAAUUCACCACAGCUUGUUUACCAGCAGAACGUCCUCCACACUGGGAAGCGCUGGUUCAUUAUCUGCCCCGUGGCCGAGACGCCCACGCCAGACAGGGAGAAGACCUCAUCAGACGCCUCUACAGCCAAGGAGGCUCCUGAUAUGUCAUUGUCUAGGUCCAGCUGCAGUACUCCUGUUCCUGCCCUGACCACCACAGCCCCUACUCCAGCCCCUUCUGCCCUCUCUGUACCUCAGAGCUCUAUUCAGCCUCAGGACCCCAAUGUGGGCAAGGCCAGAAUGCAGCAGCCCCAGGCCUCUGGAACCAAACCCACCACCAAUAGUACCACUGCUGCUGUGGGCCACCACAAGCCCUGUGUCUCCAUGGUAACAGACAUCCCAUGCUGCCCCAUUGUUCCACCCGUGUCUCUGGAUGUGAAUGGGGUGGGACAUAAAGGGGCGAGCAGCUCUUCCUCCUGUCUACCCAAUCAGGGGGCCAGCCUGUCAGGAGACCCGCCCCGUCUGGGCUCCCACCAACCUGUGGUCUUGCAGCAGCCCUACUCCACACCCAGCAUGGUGGGUGGAGGAGGUGGAGCCACAACACCAUCACAGCCCCAGAGUCCAGCCCACCAGGCCUCCCAGCAGCAGGAUGGACCUGGUGGAUCUGGGAGUGGAGGUGGUGGGGGCCUGGGGGAGUCUGAUGGAGAGGGCCCCCCCAGGGUGGAAUUUGUGGACCGCACAAUCAAGACUCUCGAUGAGAAGCUGAGGAACCUGCUGUACCAGGAGUAUGCCCCAUCUGCUCCCUCCAGCACCGCCUCAGACCUCCAGGGCUUCAGCACAGAGGGGGUCAGCUCUCCCCUUGUCCCUGACAGCCAGACCAUCACAGAGGGGGGGCUCCCCAGGAAGGGAGAGCUGCUGCCUCAGAUCCCUGAGCGUACAGAUAGUUUGGAUACCCGGAGUGACUCUGCAGGUGUGCUGAACACUGACAUGAUGGGCAGUUCCAGUUCCUAUGGCUCCAAGAACCGUUUUCAGAUUGUCCCCACUCCUCCAGAUGUCAUCAUCCGUCGUUUAGAGAAGGGCAGAAGUCUCAGCACCUGCAGCUCCACGGCUCCCUCUAGUGGCUCGGGGGGCUCUCACGCUGCAGCUGAGGGGGGAGGACGGCGAGACCAGGUGUGUAUGGCCGUGGGCAGGUUCUCAGUGAUAACCACCGAAGAGGGGCUGGAAAACACAGCUAAACCUCACUGUAGCCACCGCUACUCAGCCCCGCCAGACUUCUACCAGGACACUCCCAGCCCCAACGCCACCCCCACCCUGCUCCCACGCGCCCACACUGCUGAUGCUGCCACGAACUACUCCUUCCACUUUGACUCUGACUCAGGGGAGGAGGACACCAGUAGUUUAGCCCCUCCCCCUGCCCACCACAAGCCUCCAGUCCACGCACUCUCGGAACACAGCGGAAGUGACCUCAUGAAGAGGGCGGUGGCCUUCCUGCGCCGCACGGGCCGCAGCAGCAGUGUGCAGAGCUCUGAUUCGCCGAGCCGGCAACCAGCGGUAGCGAAUGGCCACGCCCUCUCGCGGCCUGGACCCGGCCUCGCAUCGUACAUCAGCAGUGACAACGAUUCUGAGUUUGAGGAUGCGGACAUGAGGAAGGAGCUGCAGAGGCUGAGGGAAAAACACAUGAAGGAGAUCUCAGAGCUGCAGGCGUUCCAGAGGAAUGAGAUCGAGCAUCUGUAUAAAGAGGUGGGGAAAGCCCUGCCGCCUGGUGUAGGCCUGCUUCACGCUGCGCCCCCUAGUGGCCGCAGACGUAGGGCCAGCAAACACAAGCUGAAGGCGGGCAAGCUGCUCAACCCCACGGUGCAGCAGCUGAAAAACAACCUGAACACCACCACCGCCGGUGAGAGGAAAGGUGAGAGUGCACCGGGCUUGUCUGGCUCUCCAGCUAAGAGCUCCAUCGUGUCUGAUGGCUCUGCCUGCUCCAGUGGCAGCAGCAGUAGUACCAGCAGCACUCUGCCCAGCACGGCCCCACAACCCGUUCAGACCCAGCAGCCCUGUUCUCUCAAGGGCUCCCUCUCCUCUGACAGCAUCUAUGGUGGUGGCAUGGCCACACACGCUGGCCCAGGGCAAGGAUGGACGGUAUACCACCAAACGUCAGAGAGAGUGACCUAUAAAUCUAGUAGCAAACCGCGUGCUAGAUUCCUCAGUGGACCCGUGUCUCUGUCCAUCUGGUCCACACUGAAACGACUAUGUCUAGGCAAAGAACGCAGUAGUAGGUCUUCUCACGGCGCCAGUGCAACUCCGACAGCGUCCAAUCAGCAACAGCCACCAGCUGUUCCCACCCCUUCGUCAUCUCCUCAACCAAUGGCGGCUCUAGCUCAGGCCCAGACGAACAACAGCAACAACAAGAAGCCAGGCACCUUCACGGACGACCUGCACAAGCUGGUAGAUGAUUGGACGAAGGAGACGCUGGCGGCCAAUCAGCCACGGCCCUCUCUGAACCAGAUCAAACAGCAGAGACGCAGGCAGGACCUGGAGGGCCGAGCCACGCCCAUGGGAGGAGCCACACAGGAGGUGAGAUGUGCCAUCCUUCCAAACAAGUUCCAGCUGCCUCUGUCCUGUCCACUGACCGUUGUAGGCUUAGCCAUGCCCACUGACCUGGGCUCCAACCCCUCUGCCAUGCUCCAGCCCGGGUACCUGGUACCAGCAGGUCCUUAUGGAGGGGUUGUGCCCGGCCCCUUAUACCCCCAGCAGUGGUCUGGUAUGCCCAGUCCUGUGGGGAUGAUUGGGGCAGCGGGAGGAAUGCCCUACCCCACCAUGGCCAACCCAGGGUUGCAGGCAUACCCCCUUACCCUGCACAGCCCUGAGAAUGGCCCUAACACCAGGACUACCUAAUGUGACAAAUAGCACCAUCUUGCACCCAGAAACCCCACCCCAUUGCACCUGAUGCUCAAAACAGACUGCCCCCAGUGUUCACCUCGAUCUCAGCACCCUCACAUCAGGUCUUACCUAAUUCUGUGCUAAUAAACCUAACUCCACUCUGUCCCCCCUGGUUCUCACUCCAGGGUUACAAUUGUAAUGAAAUCGGUAAUUACUUUUAAUGGGGUGACGGGAUGGAAAAUAGAAUAAAGUAGGGCCCACACAUUUAGAUGCACCAACAAAUGGCUUAUGGGUCAUUCCACCUUAAGAAUCACAAGAGGAUUUUGACAACCACCAUCUCUGAUUGUGCUAAAAUUGUUUCUGUAGUUAGAAACAUAAGAUUAGCAUUCCUCAAACAAUUUGUUGAAGUAUAAUUUAUCGCCACGCCCUUUUUUAAAUUUCACUGAUAUUUAAGUGUUUAUUAAAUGGAUCACAUUUUCUUUACAACAUUGGGUAGAAAACCAAUGGCUUUGGCUCAAGGGAAUAUGUUGCAUAGGAUGAAGAAGCAAUACUCAAAGUCAUACAUAGAGAACUGUUGCUGUAUACUGGGUGGGAUUGGUGUGGGGGGUCCGUAGGUGGUGUUUGACCAUUUUUUUUUAUUGGAUUCCUUGUGUCUUACUCAAUUGCAGGAAGAAGUUUGACCCAAAUCGUAUGUUUGGUACUAUGUGAAUCCUAUACAUUUAAAAGGGCCAAUUUGGGUACAAUCAAUUAGCUUAAUUUCUCAAAUUUAAACAAUGUUGCAAGAAUGCCAAUCUUAUGUUUCUAACUACAGAAACGAUUUCAGAACAAUCUGAGAUGGUGUCAUGGCUUGCUGAAAUGACAUGGGAUGACUCUUGUGUUGAGUACACAUAAGAGUGUGUCUGAGUACUGGCCUCUACUUGACUGUACUACUCAACCCCUCCAGUGUUCCUAUAUGCAGGAUAGUCCUGCUCCACUCUGCUCUGAUUAUGUGGUUUGAUGCUUUAUCAAAGAGUAACAUGCAUGUAAAUAACUUGUGAGCUUGUGAAUCUCCAGUGUGCAGGUAGAUGUAUAAACUACAACACCUGAAGUUUUCCUGUGUGUGCUUGUGCACAGUAUAAAUGUCCUGUGUGUGUGUGUGUGUGUGUGUGUGUGUGUGUGUGUGUGCGUGUGUGUGUGUGUGUGUGUGUGUAUAUAUCAGAGUACCUACUGCUUUGGUCUUGACUAAACUCAGUCAUACAAAUAAUAUUAGCGGUCACCAAUGUGACGUUUUCACCAAAUCCAUCAACCAAUAAGCAGUAAUGUUUUCAGAAAGCUUUUUAUCGUUUACUAACGUUUUGUCAACCUUAAUACACUACAUUAGAAAUGAGAAUACAAGGGUUUAAGAUGACAGGAUACCUGUAGUUAAGGUGAAGUUCUCUGGAGGAGUGCCUUGAACAUAGCUUUUUCUGUGAAAUGAAGCCUGUCCAAAUCACAUGCAUUUUAUUUAAUGGUGCCUUGAGUGCCACUUAAUUUUUUUAUGCUUUGCAGACACUUUUUGGUUUAUAUUUGAAUGCCCUUGUAGCACUGCACUAUUAACACAGUAUAUGCGUUUAUUUAAGUAAUAAAAUCAUGUUUUUAAUCUUUUGUUUACGCCACCCUUGUGAAAUUUAGAACGCCAUUGACGUGAAAUGGACAGUUGCCUUGCGAGAACAGGCAGUUGAUGUAGCUAUAGUUAAUAAGAGAGAACAUAAGUCAAAACCCACUCAUUGGGCAGUGGUUAGUGGCAUAGAGUUAGAAUUCAUAGAAUUAACAUUCCAAUUCAAGUCAACGUUCCCCAAUGGAUGGAUCAAUUGAAUUCUCAUUCAAUAUUUGUAGGUCUGUUUUUAGAGGGGAGCCAGUAGUGUCCAGCUCAGAAUGUAGCAGAGGCAGGUUUGCCGAGCGAGACUUAAAGUGCAAUUUCACCCCUCCACCUAGCUUUCGUAGUGGCCUUGCCACACGCCUUAUCCAGGAACCUGCAACGGGAGCUAGUUUUUUGUUGCCUUUUUAGUUCAACGUAAGUUACAAAUCACAAAGAAAACACUAACUGCAUUUACAACUGCAAAAUAUUUUCUGUUUGGCCAAGAGCAUGGCUCCUGUUUAUUAAACACGUGAUUUAAUUAGUGGAAUUACCUCUUAUUUACUCGUCUAAUGUAUUGUUUUGUGUUUCUUGAGCUUGAUGUCGAUGCUGCUAGUGUGUCUGGUGGAUCCAUUAAGAAGGAAAGGAGGCGUUAGGGUGUGUAUCUCGUGGUACUUGAUAACACGACACAAGCUGAUACACAUCCCUCCAGUAAUAAAUAUAUUUUUCACAGGAUAAGUUUUCUCAAUGAGAUCUUCAUGUGAAGCAGUGUUAUUAUAUUGCCUUGUUGACAUUAUUAAAUUAUGAAUCAUUUCCCAGGUGGUUUUUGAUACCCUGGCUUUCUUUUCUUUAUGGUUUUGAGUGUUUGAUUCCUCUGUUCAGAAUGAAACAUGGAUACUUGAUUGAGGAGAAUUGCACAUGACCUGUGUUCUAACCAUAGCCUGUAUGAAAUGGGUUCCCAACUUGUAAAAAUAUGAUCAUGUGUGCCAUUUGGCAGACGCUUUUAUCCAAACUGACUCAGUCAUGCGUGCAUACAUUUUUACAUAUGGGUGGUCUGGGAAAUCGAACCCACAAUCGUGGCAUUGCAAGCACCGUGCUCUACCAACUGUUCAAUAUGUAUCCCAACAACUGUACAUAAUGGGAUUAACCUCCCCCUUAUCCUCCUGACCAUUGAAAGAGCAGUUCAGAACAGUUCAAACUGUUCAAAUAUUGUCCAUACAGCAAGAUUAUUAUUAUUAUUAUUAUACCGCCAGCUAGAAAUCUCACAACCACCACACCAGUUAAAGGUUGCAGCACUCCAGUCCUGCAAAGCUGUGAAUUGUACAGUUUUCCUGUAGUUAGUAUUUGUAUAUAUUUUUUUUUUUGUCCGUUUUUGAAAUUUCACAUCAGUGUUUGUUAUUCCAUCAAUUCGGUUUGAAUUGGACUUUUAUAGGAUAUUAUGCAGUCUUCUGCUUUGGUGAAAUACUUCUAGUAUUAAGAGAUUUCUGUUCUCUGUUACCUGUAUCUAACAGUAAUGCUACACCUCCCUGUCUUAUGCUUAGUGAGCAGAACCUCUGUUGGAAUAUUCACUGGGAGGCAACAUUCAGAUCCAUAGAAAUGAAUUGUAUAGAGCCAAUACGAUUAUCUGAGGAAUAGCGCACCGUGCUUCUGAUCAUUGCAUUUCUAUCAGUUCUGCGCAACAUUGCCUCCUGUUGAAUAUGCACCCCCUUAUGGAAGGCUUGCAAAAAAGCUCUGUGUGGGAUUUGCUUCUGCCUGCUGUGCAUUUCCCACUAUACUACCUUACCAACCCAGUCAGCCCCACUCUAAUCACAAAGACUGUACAUGUUUAAAGAGAUAAAUAAACAUUAUUUUGUGCUUGA